AUGAUUCCUCAAUUUGAUCAGUUUGCUACUCUAACGGCGCCCGCCACUACGUCCUCGGUAGCGCCUAUUCCCACUGUAAUCCCGGGGUCAGAGGUCUACCAGGAACUUCAUGAUGUGGGCAAGCGGACUCUAUGGGUUGUCACUGUGUUGAUGGGCAUCUCCUCGCUAGUGUUCUAUACUCUGGCUGCUCGUGCUCCUCUACCUAAACGAAUCUUCCACAUUCUAACAUCCUUGAUAACCACCAUCUCCUUCAUAAUCUACCUAGCCCUCUCCACAGGCCAAGGCAUAACAACCAAACAUGCCACAGUCAACGAACCCCACAAGCAUGUCCCAGACACACACACAGACUAUAUCCGUCAGGUCCUAUGGCUACGAUAUGUAAACUGGGCAUUGACAACACCCCUCCUGUUUAUCAACUUUGCCCUCCUAUCCGGCCUACCAGGAGCAAACCUACUGAUCGGCAUUGUCGCCCACCUGAUCAUGCUGGCAACAGCCCUAUUCGGCAUAUUUGCAGGCCACGGCCGCGAGCGCUGGGUCUGGCUGACCCUCUCGUGUAUCUCCUACCUGGUUGUGAUCCACCAUGUAGGCUUCCACGCGCAGCGAGCGGCCAAAAGCAAGGAUGACCAGACGAGACGGUUCUUCGGGUCUGUCUCUGGGUCUGCGAUUGCCAUGCUAGCGCUGUUCCCUAUUUCCCUCGCGGCUGGUGCUCUUGCGCUUAAGUUGAGCGUUGAUACGGAGACUGUUCUCUUCGCUAUACAGGAUGUCUUCACGCAAGGUGUCCUUGGAUACUGGUUACUGUUAGCUCAUGACAGCGCGCCUGGAAUUGCUCUUUACAUGGAAGGAUUCUGGUCGCAUGGUGUCGGCAAUGAGGGAGCUAUCCGUAUCGCUGAUGAAGAGGGCGCGUAA